AUGUUGCAACAUCGGCCACAAGGAGUCGAAGAAACAUGUGAGACUGGAUUGUUUGAUUUGAUGUUGUCUGGACAUACACACGUCGGACAGUUUGUUCCAUUUGGGUGGUUUGUGUAUCUCUUCUUUAGAUGGCCAAACGGGUUUUACAACAUCAAAAAGGGCGACCAUAAGAUGGAGUUGUAUACAUCGCCAGGAACAAAGGCUUGGGCACCACAUAUGAGAACAAUGGGUACUAACGACAUUAUGGUGUUUCACAUGCAGCCUACCAUAACACCUUCUGUCAUUUCUGAUGUUGAAAUCGCAAUGUAA